AUGCACACGGAAAGUGCUUCAAAUCUGUAUUUAGCAUCUUUUUUAGGAGGUGGUGUAGCAGGGUUGUUUGUCGAUGGGGUUCUAUUCCCCCUUGAUACCCUCAAAACAAGACUUCAAGCUGAACAAGGUUUCUAUAAAGCUGGUGGCUUCAAAGGAAUCUAUAAGGGAAUUGGUCCACAAUCUCUGGGAAGUGCACCCCAAGCUGCAUUAUUUUUCCUAACAUAUGAGAGCAUCAAGUAUUUUUCUGAAAAAAAUGUACCACAACAUUUCCUGCCAGUUGUACAUAUGGCGGGUGCAUCUGUAGCAGAAGUUGUUGCUUGUAUCAUCCGUGUACCUGUAGAAGUAGUCAAACAAAGGAGGCAAACUCAUCCAGGAAAUAAAUCUUCCAUGAAAAUCUUUCUCUCUGCCUAUAAGCAUGAAGGUUUUAGAAAAGGGUUGUAUAGAGGGUUUGGCUCUACUGUAAUGAGAGAGAUUCCAUUUUCAGCCAUCCAAUUUCCCAUUUUAGAAUACCUCAAAAUGACCUAUAGGAAUGUAUUCAAGAAUAACAUUCCAUUAGAAUCAUGGGAGGUUGCUGUUUGUGGAUUUAUAGCUGGAGGAUUCUCUGCUGCAGUGACAACUCCCUUAGAUGUAGUAAAAACUAGAAUAAUGCUGGCAGACAGGAAACUAGCCAUGUCUGGUGAAAUCACAUUUGGUAAUACAAUGAAGAGUAUUUAUGCUGCAAAUGGCUUCAAGGGAUUGUUUGCUGGAUUUAUUCCUAGAGUAUUGUGGAUAACAGUAGGAGGAUAUAUCUUUUUUGGAAGCUAUGAUUUUUCAAGAAAUCUGUUCAUUAGAGUUUCAAGUGAAUCUACAUAUUGA